AUGAGCUCAAUCUUCGGCAAUUAUGACAGUAACAACAAUGUAAACGUCAUAAUUUUUGACGCUUCAAAGAGCGAAAGAAAAUUGAACGAAGAAUUCAAAGUUUUACAAAGAAAAUUGAAAUCAAAAUGGAAAUUUAUCGAAAACAACGACGUCUUGACAGAAGAAUUAUUAUCAACAGGAAAAAUAUUGAUAUUGCCUGGUCCACGUAAUAAAUUUACAGAAUUGGAAAUGAAUGCAAUUAGAACAUUUCUUAAUUCUGGAGGACAUGUUUUAGUUAUGCUUGGCGAAGGUGGUGAAAAGAAGUCAAAUACUAAUGUAAACUUUUUACUGGAAGAAUUUGGUAUAAUGGUGAACAAUGAUAGCGUUAUACGUAUGAGUUACAGCCAAACAAUGCAUCCAAAGGAAUGUUUAAUUUCUCAAGGAAUGUCAAACAAAUCCAUAUUUUCAAAAAAUUAUAAUGAACAUAUAGAUAUGAACUUUCUGUAUCCAUAUGGUGCAACUUUAAAUGUAGCACAACCAUCCAUAGUAGCAUUAUCCAGUGGAUCAAUAGCAAUUCCAACAAACAGACCUAUUUGUGCUUAUCAUUACAAUGAAGCCAACCAUGGGAAACUACUUGUUUUAGGUUCUUCAAGAAUGUUAACUGAUACAUAUAUAGAGAAGGAAAAAAAUGAUACAUUAAGACAAAUGAUCUUUGACUUUUUUGAAUCCAAAGAUAUCAUAAUCAAAGAAUAUCAAAUGGAUGAUGUAGAUUUCUGGGAAUAUAAUUUUAUACCAGACAUAACACAACAAGCUAAUAAUCCAAAAGUAUGUACUCAGGAUAUGGAUAUAAUGGAUAAUCCUCAUGAAUAUACCAAAUUAUUUAAACAUCAUCUUUAUUCGAUAAACUUAGACAUGGUACCAGCUUGUAUAAAGGCUUAUGAAGUCCUAGGUAUAAAACACGAAGCUCUCACACUAAUACCACCACAUUUUGAGGCACCAUUACCACCCACACAAGCAUCGGUAUUUCCACCAAGUUUCCAAGAACUACCACCACCAGCAUUGGAAUUAUUUGAUUUAGAUGAAGCCUUUAGUUCUGACUUAUUGAAACUAUCACAAUUAACAAAUAAAUAUAUAUCAACAAAAGAUUUGUCAAAGGAUAUGGAAUUAGACCAUUAUAUUCGAGAAUUUGGAAGUAUUAUUAGAAUCAGUAAUUCUGAUACUCAUACAGCCAAAGAAGUAUUAAACACAGUGUUUCACAGUAUUUGUAGUUACAAAGCUAUGCACGAAUAA